CCUCUUUUAUGCAUUAAGUGUGUCUGUUCAUCUCUCUCACACAGAGAGUGACGUGACGCAACAAGGAGACAGACAGGGACAAGUAGAGCUACAGAAAGGAAAAUUAUUCACGAGGCAAAUAAAAAAAGAGAGACAGACCAGAGACCAGCAAAUACAUAUAUCAUUGUCGGAUAUGGCCAGGUUGGAUGUCAUAGAGGUGUUUCAUGGUAUUUCUUUUCCUGGACAUCUGCACACACAGGAGUCUUUGCAACUUGCUCAGAAAUUUCCAUUUAAGGACACGGAUAUCCUCAUUGCCUCCUAUCCAAAGUCAGGCACCACAUGGAUGCAGCAAAUUGUGACUCUCAUAUCCAGCAAAGGGAACCCAAACUUGUCCCAGACUGUCCCAAACUGGACUCGGGCUCCCUGGCUGGAGCAAUAUUAUUUUUCUGUGCUACUGGAGGCCUCAUCGAUCACAUCUCGAGUUAUCACCACACACCUGCCUCACCACCUGCUGGGCCCUGCCCUCCAGGGCUCCAAAGCCAAGGUCAUCUAUGUGAGCAGAAACCCUAAAGAUGUAGUGGUGUCCUUUUACCACUUCCACAAAAUGGCAAACUUCCUCCCCGAGGCUGGCACAUUUUCAGAAUUUUUCAAUCGAUUCCUGGAGGGCACACUGUCCUAUGGGUCCUGGUUUGACCAUGUUAAAGACUGGACCAGUCACACAGCAACAAUGAACAAUCUGCUUCACAUCACCUAUGAAGAGAUGUCGCUGGACCUAUAUGGCACGAUAAAGAGGGUAAGCUCUUUCCUACAAAGCAACCUGGUGGAGGAUGAGGUCAACAACUGUGUGAAACACUGUAGCUUCAGCAGCAUGAAAAACAACAAAAUGGUCAACUACACCCUGAUUGAUGAAGAGAUAAUAGACCAUAGCAAAGGCUCCUUCAUGAGAAAAGGCAAGAUUGGAGAUUGGAAAAACAUGUUCACAGAGGAACAGAAUCAAUAUUUCAAAAGUGUCUUCAAGUCCAAGAUGCAAGACUGCACUUUAGAGUUUGUGUGGGAGGAGCCAGACAAAGAGGAGAUGCACGCACAAACUGUGAACAAAGCCGAAUGAAGUUUGAAGUCAUGUACGAGACUGCACAAGUGGAAGGUUUUCUCUUAGCUGUACUUUAAAUGAUUUUAGCUGUAUAAAAUCAUACUAACAUGUAGUAAAUUCAGUCCUAAAUUAAAAAUAAUGUUCACAGGACAUUUUCUGACAUGCAAUGUUUAGUAGCCAAUGCCUCUUAUAUCCAUUGCUCUUGCUUUCAUAAAUGUGUGUGAUGUGCCGCUUGUGGUGAUGUAUUCACAGUUUUGAUGCGACAACUGUAUGAAUAAAAAUCAGAUUAACUGAAUCCUCUUGAA